AUGACAGCGGCACCCCAAGCAGCCAUGGCCGGUCAGCCAGUGAAUGCCGCCGCGGUGGACGACCCUCUCCUGGUUGAUCAGGAGGCCAACUACCCUCAAGCGGACAACAAUGGCGGUAGCAGCUUCCCCUGGCCCACCGUUUUGGGUUUCCUCAUCCUCAGCUUCAAUGCAGCAAUGGCCAUCAUUCGAUCGCAAGGCAAUAUGAUGGCCAUCGCCUUCGUCGGUUUCUCCUAUGCCGUCCUGAUCGCCCUCUUUGUCUGCCUGAGGAUGUAUGAGCGUGCCCGUGCUGGCUCAUCCAAGAGGGAGUGGCUCAAGAUCGCUGUAUGGAUAUUGACGACUCUGCUGACAUUCAGCUUCUCCUACAAAGUUGCCGCCAUCAUGCCAGCGCCGGUGGCCGUGGUCGUUUGGCUGAUGGCUUUUGCGACCGUUGCAGGAGGCUUCGUCGCAUUCUUCAUCUACAAAGAGAAGUGA